UUUAGAUGUAACACCACCGGAAGUUGCUGUAUUAGCAUAAUCUGUUGCGAAGCGUUUAAAGCUCUCGAUAGCUCGUUUUUCAAGCAGUCACGACGAAGACAUGAAGCCGGCAGUGGAUGAAAUGUUUCCCGAGGGAGCUGGACCGUAUGUGGAUCUGGAUGAGGCAGGAGGCAGUACUGGACUGCUGAUGGAUUUGGCAGCUAAUGAAAAAGCUGUGCACUCCGAUUUCUUUAACGAUUUUGAAGACCUUUUCGAUGAUGAUGAUAUCCAGUGAUGAAGAUUUGUCUUCUAUCCCGUCUCUCACUUUUUUUUUUUUGUACAGAGUCCAGUUUAUCAUGUUUGGUUUAUUUCGUUGUAAAAUAAACGUUUUGUGGAAAAAGAAAAAA